AUGGAGUCAGUGGCUCUGUACAGCUUCCAGGCGACGGAGAAGGACGAGCUGCCCUUUCAGAAAGGGGACACCCUGAAGAUCCUCAACAUGGAAGAUGACCAGAACUGGUACAAGGCUGAGCUGUAUGGCUCCGAGGGCUUCGUCCCCAAAAACUACAUCAAGGUCAAGCCGCACCCGUGGUACGCGGGCAGGAUCUCCCGGCACCUGGCAGAGGAGCGGCUUCUCAAGCGCAAGCACCUGGGAGCCUUCCUGAUCCGAGACAGCGAGAGUGCCCCGGGGGAGUUCUCCAUCUCUGUCAACUACGGGCAGCACGUCCAGCACUUCAAGGUGCUCAGGGAGAGGAACGGCAAAUAUUUCCUCUGGGAGGAAAAGUUCAACUCUCUCAACGAGCUGGUGGAUUUCUACAGGACGACCACCAUUGCCAAAAAGCAGCAGAUCUUCCUCCGGGACGAGGACCAGACCCAGGAGGUACCGUCAGGGGAUGGGGCCAUGGGGACACGCGGAGCUGGGGCACCCAAAUUCGUGCAAGCCCAGUUCGACUUCUCGGCCCAUGAUGGCUCCCAGCUGCCUUUCCUCCGCGGGGACAUCAUCGAGGUCCUGGACUGCCCCGACCCUAACUGGUGGCAAGGGAAGAUCUACGGGCGCGUCGGCCUCUUCCCCCGCAACUACGUCCACCCCAUCCGCAAGUGA